AGAGGGUCAUCCAAGACCUAAGGAAGAUAGAGAAGCAGAGUGGAAGCCGUACCACAAAAAAGAGACAAUCUGAAAGUCAAAGCCAAAAAAGGCACAAGGACCCAUCAGAGGCAGCUGAAGCCAGCCUGGUUAGACGCUCAGCUGCUAAACGAACGUCCCCAUGGGCUUCCAGGAGCCAUGGUUGUACAGUUGUCUCCUUUGGGCCACAGUGGCCAUCCUGCUGGUCCCUCCAGUGGUGACCCAGGAGCUGAGAGGGACUGGGCUGGGCCUCGGCAACUGGAACAACAACGCAGGUAUCCCUGGGUCCUCAGAGGACCUAUCAACUGAGUAUGGUCACCACAUCCACAGCCACGGGGCCUAUCAAGGUGAGAAGGACAGACACCACAGAGAAGAAGAUGAAGACUUCUCCAGGGAAUAUGGCCACCAAGUCCAAGACCACAGGUACCCUGGCCAUGAAGUUGGGGAGGAGAAUGUCUCAGAAGAGGUCUUCAGAGGGCAUGUUAGACAGCUCCAUGGGCACCACAAACCUAACAGUGAAGAUUUAGGGGACUCAGCAGAGAGCCACUUCCCCAGACAGCAGAGCCACAACCGUGAAGAAGAGGACGGCGUUGUCUCCGGUGAGGAUCACCGUCACAUCCCCAGGCAUGACCACCAUGGCAACGAAGAGGAGGAUGAUGAUGGAGAGGAGGAGGAGAGGGUGGGAGUGAUGGAGAACUCUGAUGAUAAGCACCAGGCCCACGGCCACCACAGCCACUCAAAAGAAAGAGAUGGACUCCAUCAUGCCCACAGCCACAGGCACCAAGGGCACCAUGAUGAAGAUGAUGAUGAUGAAGAUGGUGUCUCCACUGAGGGUGAACACCAAGCUCACAGAUAUCAAGACCAUGAUGAGGAAGACGAUGAUGACUCAGAUGAAGAGAGUCAUGCCCACAGACUUCAAGGCCAAGAAGAUGAAAAUGAUGAUGAAGAUGGUGACUCCAGUGAAAAUGGACACCAGACCCAGGACCACCAAGGCCAUAAAGAACAAGAUGAUGAUGACGAUGAAGAAGAAGAAGAAGAAGAAGAAGAAGAAGAAGAAGAAGAAGAAGAAGAAGAAGAAGAAGAAGAAGACGAUGACGACGACUCCACUGAGCACAGGCACAGGCACCAGACCCAAGGCCACAGGAAGGGAAAAGAUGAGGAUGAGUCAGAUGAAGAUGAUCAUGUCACCCGGCAUGGCCGCCGAGGCCAUGAAGAUGAAGAUGAUGACGAUGACGAUGACGAUGACGAUGAUGACGACAAUGAUGGUGGCUCUACUGAGAAUGUGCACCAAGCCCACAGACACAGAGGCCAUGAGCACGAAGACGAUGGGGAUGACUCAGAAGAAGACUACCAUCAUGUCCCCAGCCAUGGUCACCAAAGCCAUCAAAAUGAGGAAGAGGAAGAUGAGGCUGUCUCCACUGAACACUGGCACCAGUCUCCUAGACAUGCUCACCAUGAUCUUGGACGUGAGAAUCAAGAAGAGGCAACAGUCAAGUACAGCCGCCAUGUUGCAAGCCAUCGACCCCAAGGCCACAGUGCGGAGGAGGACUCUCUAGAAGACUCUACCAAUGAAGUCCCUGGACAUCACCACCACAGAGUCUCCAGGGAUGGCGACGAAGACAUUUCUACUGAGUUUGGCCACAAGGCCCCCAGACACAGGCUACAAGAUCAAGAUGAAUGGACCAGGCAGGGUCACGGAAAAUCUGUCCAGGAAGACAUUGGUCAUCAGCCCCUGCAGCCCACAGGUCCUGGUUCUGGAGAAUCAAGGAAGGAAGAUGACCACAGCUCUCAAGAGGGAGAUGAGGACUUAAAGCAGAGACAAGAAGCCCACAGUGAGGAGGAGGAGGAGGAAGAGGAGGGCCAUGGCCUCCCCAUGAGCCUGGAAGAUGAAGAGGAGGAAGAAAAAGAUAAGAAAGAGAGCAAGGGAGACAGGGCUGCAGUUUCGGCUCCACUGAGUCAUCACAGGAAGCAUGAUGAUGAUGAUGACGGCGACGGUGAUGAUGAUGAUGACGACAAUGACGACGAUGAUGAGAUCCUGGAGGAAAACCUGCUACCUUUCACCAUUAUCCCAAACCCACUGGCUGGGAGGGAGGUGGCCAGAGAAGGUUCCAGUGAGGAGGAGAGCCGCGAGGUCACAGGUCAGCAGGAUGCCCAGGAGUAUGAGAACUACCAGCCAGGGUCCCUGUGUGGCUACUGUUCUUUCUGCAACCGAUGUAGUGAAUGUGAAAGCUGCCACUGUGAUGAGGAGAACAUGGGGGAACACUGUGACCAGUGUCAGCACUGCCAAUUCUGCUACCUCUGCCCGCUGGUCUGUGACACACUCUGCACUCCAGGAAGCUACGUUGACUAUUUCUCCUCCUCUGUGUAUCAAGCUGUGGCUGACAUGCUGGAGACGCAAGAGCCCUGAUCUGGCCACCUGGCAAGAGCCGCAUUUAUUUCUCUGAAUAAAUGUGCUCCUAGAAACAUCA